UGCUUGUUGCAAUAUGUAUUCUACUGGGCUUUGUGCUUUUUAGUUGAACUCAGGUUUGGAACAAAAAGUUGCCUGGCUUUGUUUGCUUUUAUUGGAAUGCCAAUUGCCAAAGACUCCCUUCUGAAUUCGCUUUUGAAAUCUUUGCAUUCCCUGCCUUUAAAGGGGAACUAUGCAGUUUUUUAGCUUAAUUUACCUAAACUGAACAGCUUCAGAGUCAUUGGAAUGGUUAUUUGACUUUUCUUGGGUUGAGUGGUAGGCGUCUCGCUUCUCCCUAGUGCCUGUGAGCGGAAAAACCAGCCUUGCAACUUUGGUCUGGCGGGCCGCCGGCCUCAUAGUCAGAAAAUCUUGCGGUCUCACAAUGUAAAGAAUUGUUUUACAGCACUACACACAUACACGCCAGACCCUGGCUAGAACAACAAGGUAGCGAUGGAGUUUCUCAGAUAAUCGUCAUGGCAGAGCUGGCAAAAAGAUACAGAAAGCAAGUAAACCGUAGUCUGAGGAACAGGGCCAGAGGAAACGGCAGACUGACCGAGCGAGGUGUGCCAUAAAAUGUAUACUCUGAAGCUGUAGGGGGAGCUCCGUAGAGAAAACUGUGAGCAAAAAGUGAGAAAACAGUGAAGAAAUGGCCAAAACUGCAUAGGGUGCCUUUAAUGUACCUUUCCUUCUGAUGCUAACAUUACUUUCAGUUGCAGUUGGUGUAGACAUGUUUUUUUGGAUUUGCUUUCUAUUGGCUUGCCUUUCUAUCCUAUCCUAUUCCAACAGCUAAACAGAAGAUCCCUUUAGAAGAUCAUCUUCCUCUUUUGUGUUGGUUUCCCUCAUGCAAUUACUAAUCAUUAAUUGAAGCAAUUGUUCCACAGCAGAUGACCCAACAGCAACAGCAGAAGGGUUACAGGAUGAGCUAGCCUCACCAUCGGAGGUCAUGGAGGCUCAGAGCGCCCACUCUAGAGUAGAGGGGGACCUCGAGUGUCUAGAGCAAGCAGCGGAAGAGACAGAGUGUGGGCUAGCCUCCCCAUCUGCCAUCGCUGAGACUGAGAGCGCCCUCUCUGUUGAGGAGGGGCAACUAGUGGAAUGCCUGGAACCUGCAGCAGAGGAAGCUGAUGAUGGUCAAUUGUCUGUGUCUGAGCACUCUGAAGCUGACAUCGCCCCCUCUGGUGAGGGGGAGGAGUGUGCAAGUGGAGGAAACAUGGCUUCUCCAACAGCACAACCCAAGGCUGACAUUGAUGCUGACAAGCGGGCUCCAGGUGCAAGACCUCAUGCUGCAGGCACUAAGAUCCCAGCCAUGACACCAACUCAGUCGGUCAAUGGCAAAGCUGCUGCUGCCAAGAAUGGCAAAGUCUCCCCCAAGGCCACCGAUGCGAGUGGGGGCAACAGCCCUGGCACCCCCAAAUCCCCCGCCAGCAAAUCGCUGGGUACCAAGUCCCCCGCCACCGGCAAGGAGAUUAAGAAGGUGGCCGUGAUCCGCUCCACGCCCAAAUCCCCUGGGUCGCUCAAGGGCCGCUCACCAGCCCCGCUGGCCGCCGCCGCCCCACUGCCUGACCUCAAGGGGGUCAAGUCCAAGAUCGGCUCCACGGCCAACCUCAAGCACCAGCCAGGCGGAGGACAGGUCCAAAUUCUGGAUAAGAAGAUGGACUUGAGCAGUGUCCAGUCUAAAUGUGGAUCCAAAGCCAAUCUGAAAUAUCAGCCAGGAGGUGGAAAUAUCCAAAUUCUCGAUCAGAAGGUGGACUUCAGCAACGUCCAGUCCAGGUGUGGAUCAAAGGCCAACCUCAAGCAUACUCCAGGAGGUGGCAGAGUGCAAAUUCUUGAGAAGAAGAUGGACUUCAGUAAUGUUCAGUCUAAGUGCGGCUCCAAAGGCAAUAUCAAACAUGUACCGGGAGGUGGCAAUGUUCAAAUUGUUGAUCAGAAGUUGGACUUAAGUAGUGUCCAGUCUAGGUGUGGAUCCAAAGACAAUAUGAAACAUGUGCCAGGAGGUGGAAAUGUUCAGAUUGUCCACAAGAAGAUUGAUCUGACCAACGUGCAGUCGAAGUGCGGCUCUAAAGACAACAUCCACCACAAGCCAGGAGGUGGAGGGAGAAGGAUUGAGUCGCACAAGCUGAACUUCCGCGAGACAGCAAAGGCCCGCACCGACCACGGCGCCGAGAUUGUCUCCCUGGAGGACUCGCCCCACGACCUCAGCACCGUCUCCUCCUCAGGCAGCAUCAACAUGGCCGACUCGCCGCAGCUCUCCACACUGGCCGACCAGGUGUCGGCAUCUCUUGCCCAGCAGGGUUUGUGAUCACCUUGCCACCACUGCACACGCACAACCCAUUCUCUCUAUAACACACACACACACACACAUACAGACACACACACACGUGACAAGUUAUCAACCAAGGAUCUCAACUCCCUGCUCUAACGUUCCGGUAGAAUAGUGACAAAAAAGAAAAAAAAAAUUGUCCUCGUGAUGUUUCCCAUCACCUCUUUCUCACCUUGGGGAUUUUCAAAAAAAGAGCAAAAGACAUGACACUGUAGUUUCUGAGAUUUCUUACCGCGUAGCCGCCCGGCUAUCACUGUUGAUUUUUCUUAACCUUUAGUAUACAUGACGACCAAUGAAAGUGUUCUGAUCCUCAUGUUCACAUCAAAAGAUCAACUUCUUUUCUUCUCAUUUCCUUUUCACUGACUGUGGGAAUUGGUCAUUGAGUUAUUUUAGGAAAUAAUGAAAAAUUAAAAAAAAAAAAAAAAGAUUCAGAAGGGAUAAUGUUUCCUGAGAUCCUAUUGUAGCCUCAUAUCUUACCACUGCAUUUCUAUGGCAUUGUUGUCCAUUUCUAGGCCCGUUAGACUUUUACAUUGUUAGUCUUUUCUUUGAGAUGUUACGGUAUUGUUGUGGAAAUGUUUUGGGAUGAUUUGAAGUGCCAUUUCAACAGGAGAAUAUUCAUAUGGUGUGAAUAUGUAAUGGAAAAGGACACAUAACCGUAGGAUAAGAGGACACAGACUAUUUCGCUAUUAAGGAUUUGGAGGUUGUUUGAGGGGAAUUGCUUAACUUUGAGGCUUACAGCACCUACUCUAGAUAGAUAUUAAGUCUAACAAGAGGCACACACUAAAUGGCAGCAUUAUAUUGCAACGUUUGAUGACAAGGCUACUUUGUGUUAGUCCCUGUUUCCCUUUAAAAUAUUAAACAAACAUUAAAUAUUAAAACACAGUUUCAGGGUAUCAGUAGUUGGCAAAUGCUUCGCUAAGGCAACCAGAGGUUAGCUUUGGUGAGUCAUAGUUUAUGCCAAGAUGAUCAGAGAUUCAGAACAGUGAGGUCUCUGGCAUAAAAGAGAGAAAAAAAACAAACAUACAAAAACUAAACGUAACUGAGACCCAGAGUGCUUGGUGUAGAGAAAACAGAUGUCUGUUGAGCACUUUCUUUCUUGUAAUAUUCUGUGGCUAUGACAUGUAUUUGAUAUGACUGUGCCUGCUGGCAGAUUAUAAUUUAUUAAGAUUCUUAUUUUUUUCUUUUUUGUAAGUGCUUCAUUGUAAAAUGCCUAUCAUGUUUUCAUUAUUUUUUUUUGUUUGUUUAAAAGUGGCGGCUGUUUCAUAUCCAUAAGUUAUGGGGAAAUACAAAAAAAAACUUCAUGGUAUUACUGUUCAGCAUUAACCCUGUGCAUGGUCACUUCUACGCUAUCCUUCUACAAAGCAGCUACUGCAGUAUUACGGGAAAAAAAUACACUUUUCAUACAUUCUUACAGGCCACUGUUGCUCCAUAUAACAACCUUGCUAAGAGAGAUUAAUGACAAGUCUAUUAGCCAACCUACACCUAAAUCAUCCAUUUUAUUAGCCAACCAAUGACCAUUCAACUAGCUAAUCAAAUUCUCUUGUAUUACAAAAAGUGUUAUGUAUUUGUACAAUUUGCCAGAUAACAUUUUACGACAGAAGGUUACAUCUACUACGAGUUCCAGAACAUGGUGGCUAUCUCAGCCAGUGACGCCCUUACUAUCACUGAGAGUGGCUCAUGUUGGCCUUUUUAAAUCAAAGAAUGCCACAGCUUCGAGGAAGGCUACAACAGACACACCCUGAUGACCUGGCUUACUACACCUUAAGGGUGUGCAAAUGACUAACGAAGCUCAGAAUUGUAUACCCGUCAUGUAUACACAAUGGUGCAGUAUCAUGUAAGGCCUAACUCCAGUACGAGACCACUGAAAACUGGCCUAUCCUCUCUUCAGAUGACAUCAACUCAAUAAAGAGAGAGCUGUGUGAGUGUGUUAUCACUCUCCUCUAAAUAGAUGAGGCAUCUUCCUCAUCUGCUGUGGACAGUCAUUAACAAGUACGUGUCCAGUGCCAUUCGGACCUCAUGCCCAUGCUUUGAUCUCAUGGAGCCUACACUCACCAGUCAGAGCAUGAUUUUAUCUGAGCACCUCAGUCUGCCAGCCUUGUAGGCCCAUAGCUACACCUGACUGAACACUCUUUUAUGAACUUUGUCAAAUCAGGUUGACAGGUCGGUAGCCCAUCUUGAAUUGGGUGUGGUGCUAUUAUGUAGUCUCCCGGUGAAUCGGAGGAAAGCAUUCUCAAUCGGCUGUGGCAUCCCACAACUGAUCAUUUGAAAACUAUGCUACUUGCAUGCGUCUCUUGGAGGAGAUGGAUCUCUUUGUUGCCUCUUUGUUUUUUUUUUGUUUUUAACACGAUGCAUUAAUAGUAUAUCCUUUGCUCUCAAUCUCGCGCUUCUUAGGAUAAAUAUAUGUAGGUAUUACUGCAACGCAACACUACCCAAAAGGUAACCUUUACCUUACUGGAUGAAGAAGGGAGGUGUAGUAAUAGUAUUUGAUUCUAUAUAACGUAAUGUGUAUAUGUUUGAUUCUCGAAUUAACUGUUUGCCAAGGACAUAUAUUUGAGGACACCAUGGACAUGAAAGCGGUCAUUCAAAACUUAAACGCAGUGCUUGCAACACAAUAAUCUGCAUGCUGUUUGGUCUUAGUUUUUCUUUACUCUAUCACAAAUUUGGCGGCACAUUUUUUGAAUGUUUUUGGACAGAUGUGUGUACUAGUGGGAAUCAUGGGUUUUUGGAGUGGUGGGGUUUUGGACGAGGGUAAGAAAAGUGAUUUGGGUUAAGAAGUUGGAGGCUCGGCCUGGAUAAGGCGGAUGGACAGAAGAAAGGAAUUGGUGGCUACUAGGUAAAGUGGGCUGGCUUGUGGCUGUUUUUUCUUUCUUUUUCCUCCCCAGUAGCUCUCCUCCCUCCCUUGAGGGCUCUAGGAGAUGGACUUGCCGUUGUUCCUGUCUACACCUUUCUCACCAGUUUUGCGGGUUGUACAUUUUAGCUUGAGCGUUGUGAUUGUCGAUAUUGUUCUUGUGUGUUUUAAUAAUAAUUGGUUUAUGAUGAUUCUUGUCGCUGUAAAUGUGAAUUUGGAAAUAAAGAAUAUUAAACCACCA